GAGAGCCACGGUCUGUGUGCCAUAGGUUAAGUGUGAACCGGAGGCGGCGCUCCGUUGCGCAUCCAGAGUUCCGCAGAUGUCUUUGAUGUGAUCUCCAUUCGCUCAGCGCGCGAUGGACGCUCCGCGUGUCCUAGGCGCACGCGACUUGGCUGGAUCGUUUCACGCAUGAUCAAGAUCUUCGGGCAUACAGGAUUUGAUUCUCUUGGGAUGUUUUACAGUUGAUGCUAUUCGACUCUGAACCUAGAAUGCCUCCAUCACGAUUUGGCACGGAGUUUAGUUUAGUUUCUCUUCUGCAUCAUGGCAAAUCCCGGGCGAGAAAGUCGUUUUAAGGCUCAGUAGCGUAUAGUUGGGAGAGAGUCUCGCGACGGAACAACAAUUUUAAUGAGCAUGCUGUCGUCCUUGCAGGCACUUGCAGCGUAACAGCUUCUUUCCUGAUCUCACUGAUCCUUUUUUGGGGGAAAUAAGUCGCAGGUGUUAUCAAUUAUGUUUACGUUUGCCGCCUUCUGUUAUAUGCUUUCCCUUGUCCUUUGUGCGUCUCUCAUCUUCUUCGCCAUAUGGCACAUAACAGCGUUUGAUGAGCUCCAAGCAGAUUUCAAAGUGCCAAUAGACCAAGGAAAUCCACUCCAUGCACGAGAAAGACUUCGAAACAUUGAGAGGAUAUGCUGCCUCCUUCGGAAGCUGGUGCUUCCAGAGUACUCCAUCCACGGUCUCUUUUGUGUCAUGUUCCUGUGUGCCCAGGAGUGGUUAACUGUGGGACUGAACGUACCCCUCCUUUUCUACAACACAUGGAGCAGGUACUUCCAUAGCCCCACAGACACUAAGGAGCUGCUGUACGACCCUGCCUACGUCAUGAACGGGGACACGCUGAGGUUCUGCCAGAAAGAGGCCUGGUGCAAGAUGUCUUUCUUCGUACUUUCAUUCUUCUAUUAUCUCUACUGUAUGAUCUACAAUUUGGUGACUUCAUAACACUAUUCCUGACACUGAAGAAAAUUUCCGGAUAUCAAAGACUUUUUUUCCUAAAAUCUGUGUGUUAAACUAAUCUAUGGAAAUCUGUAUAUCUAGGCGAUUAACUAACAAUCUGAAUCUCAAAGGAGAACUUUUGAUUUACAUUUUUGGCCUCCUGAAGAACCCUGCAGAGCAGAACCACAGACCCAGUAGUUUACUGUGGACUUGCCCUGCUUCAGAGCCACCCAGCUGCUGCAGACUGAAGGGUUGGGCCGAUAUCUUGUGGGAUGCUACACAGCUAUCACACACAUCCUCACACGUUUGCACAGACUGUCUCAGGCAUAGCACACAUCCCGCAGGACAUCAGGAAGCUGCGCCGAACCACCUCCUCACUUCUAUCAAAAACGUUGUGUGUAGAUUUGAGGUUAAAUUGAAGGAAUUAUGGCCAACCUUAUUGCUGAAUUUUUACUAGACACAAACUAGAACAAUUGGUUAUACAAUCUAAAUUCUAUGUGAAUGGCUUUGUGAUAUAUGUGUAUUUGUGCGUUCUACAUUAGGCAAAUGUUAAUAUGAAAUGUACAUGUUGAAAUUUCUGUGUACAUAGCAAAAUUUGUGUAAUGCUCUGAUGUUUUUGGUGUUGUCAGUCAUUUUCAGAUUUUAAAAGCAUAUAUGCUUAUAUUAAGGCUUUAUGUAGAAUGCUAGAGCUAAUUUUCAAAAUAUCACAUCUUUGCACAACCGUUAUGAGUUUGCACAAUUUGUUACAGUAGUUGAAUGUGUUGAAAUAGUUUAUAUUUAUAUACCCAGAAUACCAGUAAAGUCUUCCAAUAUUUAGUAUUACAGUGUAUCAAGCUAUCUUGGUGAACAAAAAAUUCAGUAUUGCAUUUGUCUUAAGGUCACUGGAAUUUUCACCAAAACACAUUAUCAAGAUUUCAGUUGUUCAUUAUUACAAGAUCAGUAUUAAAGCUAUUUUUGUGUUU